ACACGAAUAGCCGCCCUCCCUGCGGUUCGUCUGUCUGAAAUAACGGUGUCCUCUGGCCGCUGCACCGUCUUGGCCUGACCGACCAUGAGUAAUAAACUGGUGGUGAGUUGAUCGUCCCGUCGCGAGCGUACCGGACACGCAGCUGUCCUUUCCCCCGCACGCGCCUCGCGCCUCCUCCUUCCUGACUCUUAUUACCUGUGUGCUAUGCUCUGUUCCCUGUCGUCGCCACGGCCGCACGGGAAACAGUCAUCGACAUAUCGCACAGUGAUCGACGAUGUGAUUAACAACGUUCGGCAAGACUUUGACGACAUGGGCAUCGAGAAGGAGGUGCUCGAAGAGCUGCAGCGGUCCUGGGAGAGCAAGAUCAUCCAGUCCCAGGUCGCCGAGUUCGAAGGUGCUCCACCAAUGCCGCCCAAGCCAUCGAGGCGGGCGAAACGCGAGCAGGAAGAGAAUGAGAGGCUGGAGAGGGAGCAACAACAACAACAGCAGCAGCUGGAUGUGGCAGGCGCCGCAGCAGGGGCAUACGCAGACGCAGACGAGGAGGAGGAUGGGGAACGCAAAGCCAAAAUGGCAAAAUUGGAUCACAAUACAGCAGCGACACGUGCCGUAGGUACAGAGACAGAGGGGCCAUCCGCCGCGCCGUCGAAUGAUAAUGGGGUAGUGGCGGCAGAGAGCAGCAAGGCCGGCGCAGCGAUUUCAUCAUCAUCUGCAACAGCAGCAGCAGCAGCAGGGAUGGCAGCCAAUAGCAACGGCAAGCGAAAGCGAUCACCAGGCGGCGCCGGCGUUGACGAUGAUGACGGCACGGAUGACGAUGCGCCUGUGACCGUGCCGUCUUCUUCAGCGCCCAAUGGGAGCAACGCACCAGAAGGAGCAGCCAACGAUGAAAUCGGCAGCGACCUGGACGACUCGGAGGAAGAGGAAGAUGCGGACGGUGGCGGUGCGGCCGGUGGUAGCGGGGCGGAUGGCGACCAGGAUAUAGUGCUGUGCCUGUACGACAAGGUCACGCGCACGCGCAACAAAUGGAAAUGCGUGCUCAAGGAGGGCAUCGCAUCUAUCGACGGCAAGGACUACCUCUUCGCGAAAUGUACCGGCGAGUUUGAGUGGUAGCCGUAGCGCCGGAUCACCAGAUGAGCCUUUCGCGUCGUUGGCACGCGCGAGGGCAUGCGCGCGCCAGCCUUGCUUAACUUUCUACGAAACACGACACCCGACGAAAAAGACACGCCGGACCCCAUGCAUUGGUAGUACCGUUGCUGUAAGCGAGCAUUGUCAUCAGCCAUUUGAUCAGAAGACGCUUUUGAGCAUGCCUCUCGUCUUCGUCACUUGGAAGUUUUAGCAAUAAAUUAGCCGAAUUAAAGGGGGUGACAAGAGUAUGCGAUGUCCCAAAAAGGAGCAACAGAGAAAUACACGUGUACACGUAGCCGUAGUC